GCGCACCUGGCGGCGCGGGGCGGGGCGGCCCCGGCGCUCAGAGCCGGGCCCCGCUGUCGGGGCUGCAGCGCGGAGUCGGCCCGGCCCCAUGCCGAGCGCCGCCGCCGUCCAGCCCCAGCCAUGGGCGGCUGCGUGGGGCGGCAGCGCCGGGAGCGGCCCGCCGCUGGCAACACCCGCAAGCGAGCAGGCCGCAAUGAGCCCCUGAAGAAGGAGUGUCCCAAGUGGAAAAGCGACUACCCCAUGACGGAUGGGCAGCUGCGCAGCAAACGGGACGAGUUCUGGGACACGGCACCUGCCUUCGAGGGCCGCAAGGAGAUCUGGGAUGCUCUGAAGGCAGCUGCCUACGCCGUGGAGGCCAACGACCACAGCCUGGCUCAGGCCAUCCUCGAUGGAGCCAGCAUCACCCUGCCCCACGGGUCCCUGACGGAGUGCUACGAUGAGCUGGGCAACCGAUACCAGCUGCCUGUCUACUGCCUGUCACCUCCUGUCAACCUGAUCCUGGAGCGGAGCGAGGAGGAGGCAUCAGAGCCGGCUGAGCCCCAGCCCAAUGCCCGGCGGGAGUUCGCCCUCAAGGUGCGGCUGUCCACGGGCAAGGACCUGCGGCUCAGUGCCAGCAUGGGCGACACCAUCGGGCAGCUGAAGAAGCAGCUGCAGGCACAGGAGGGCAUCGACAUGGCCUGGCAGCGCUGGUUCUUCUCAGGCAAGCUGCUCACCGACCGCACACGGCUGCAGGAGACCAAGAUCCAGAAGGAUUUUGUUGUGCAAGUGAUCGUCAACCAGCCCCUGCCACCCAGGAACUGAGCUACCCCACACUGGUUGUGGGGCGAGGGCAGGGAGCUGGGGGCAGCGGCACCACUGGGGAUGCCCCAGGCCAUGUCUCAGCCCUGCCCGAGCUGG